UCCAAAUCUCUUUUCAUUUUCAACCCUACCUCUCGAGACUUUACUUAGAAAUUGCGAACGAAAUUUUAUAAACAACAUAUAGCAGAGUGAAAAUAUUCGAAGAUGAAAGAAACUCCGCUUACAAAUUGUGAGCGAAAUUUCAUAAACAAAUGUAUAGAAACAGAAACGAGAUUAGAUGGAAGAGGGUUGUUGCAACCACGUCAACUAACGAUCCACUUUGGAUCCAACUGGGGAUGUUGUAUGGUAUCUCUUGGACAUACAAAAGCAGUGGCACAAGUAUCGUGUGAUAUUCAUCAGCCAAAAAUAUCUCGUCCUAAUGAAGGCAUAAUGUACAUAAAUGUUGAGCUUACUCCAUUAGCAGCUCAACAUUUUGAAAGUGGACGCCAAUCUGAAGCAGCUAUACUGAUCAGCAGGCAGUUAGAGAAAUGUUUCAAGGAUUCAAAGUGCAUAGACUUGGAAUCUCUCUGUAUUGUAGCAGAUAAAAAGGUAUGGAACUUGAGAGUCGACGUUAAUAUUAUAAAUCAUGAUGGAAAUUUAAUUGACUGCGCAUCCAUAGCAACACUUGCUGCUCUCAUGCAUUUUCAUAGGCCAGAUGUUACCUCAACUGGCGAAGAAGUCAUUAUACAUCCGGCUUCCGAAAAAGAUUUUCUUCCAUUAACAUUAUUCCAUUAUCCAGUUUGCGUAUCUUUCAUAACAUUUGAAAGUGGCAACACCAUAAUGGAUCCCACACACAUCGAAGAAAGAGUUGGUGUUGCUGAGCUCACUCUCGGUAUGAAUUCAUACAGAGAACUUUGUAGCUUGCACUUUGAUUACUUAACAAAAACGAUGAAGGUCGAAGAUGUAAUAUCUGCCGUUUCUAGUCACGCGGCAAAUUAUGCGGAAACACUGGUGCGACAAAUCAGGGAGGCAGUAGCCAGAGAUGUACAAUCACGAUACAAAAAAGAUACCAGCAACGUAUGUAGGUUUAAAGAAAGUAUUCAGAUCAAUAAACUCACAACAACGAUCGGUGAUCGUAUCAGCAUUAAAUUACGUAAAUGGGACGCAACAGAUUUGGCUGAAGAUGAUCUGAUGGAGAUAGAAGAAGAUCUAGACAAAAGUCGCAUCGUAAAAUAUGAAGAAGGAUCCGCAGACUUGAUAUCAGAUUCUGACAUUUUGAUCAAAAAACAGAGUCCUGACAGUUCCAACGACUCUAGCAGUACGUACGACUCUGAUACGGAUAAUCAGAGUCUUGUUGAUUUGCCGAAAAAAGAACCAAAUUUCGCGGACGAUAGCGAUUGAAGUUCACAGGUGACGCGAUGUAAGAGAGGAGGUAACAGUUAAAUAAAUAAUGAAAUAAAUUUGGAGAUUUCACACACUUGGAUUGAUUA